GAUCAAUUGUAAGAAAGAAAAAAAGUUACUUGUCAAUUUUAUACCAAAUUUAAUGCUUUACCAUGACAGAAUUUAUGCUUAUUGAUGAUGAAAGGCCAGACACCUUUUGGGGUCGAGUGAAACAAGCAUUCUCAAAAAACGAGUUUGGGGAAAUCCGUCCAGAGAUUGCACAUAUUCCUGUAGUGGUAUGUUGCGGAUCAUUGGUGGGAAUGAUGAUUGGUGGCCGUUAUGGUGCUAGGAUACGUGGAGUCUCAAAUAUCAAUAGUAAUAAACUAACUAUAUAUACAUCAUCUGUCCAGGCUGAAAGGGAACAUUUCUCAGCAAUUUUGUUAGGAUUUUUUCAAUAUGGUUGCCGUUGGGGUUGGCGAGCUGGACUAUACUCUGGGAUUUACAGCACAACACUUACAGCUGUCUCUAUUGGUCGAGACAAGGAAGAUGCUUUAAACUAUAUUGCCGCAGGUGCUACCACAGGAAUUGUGUAUAAACUCUUCUCUGGUUUUCGUGGCAUUCUUAUUGGAGCGCUGUUUGGUGCAGGAAUUUGUACUCCCAUAGGGUUAUGCAUGCAAGGAUUGAGCUAUGUCAUUCCAUAUGAUAAAGUGUUGAAAGAUGAAAUAGCUAUGCAAAAUGCUAAAAAGAAACAUCAGUUGAAAAUGACUGAAAAGGUUUUAGAAAGAAUGGAGAGUGAACUAGAGAGUUCAAAAGAUAUGUAAAGU